GAAUCCGAGCAUCUGUCCACACCGGUCGUGUCUCAGCUUCUCGGCUUCGGCUCGGCUCAGUUUCAUCUCAGUCUCUCACGGGUCGUUGUGACGAUAAGAAGUUUCACGGAGGGAACCUUCAAUUGGUCGGUCGGUCGUUCCGUGCGUUCAGAAUCGCGUUCAUCUAGGAACCGGAUGGUGUAGUUCUAUAGGCGCUUUCCGUGCAUGUUAACCGGGUUGCUGUAAUAAACGAAAGUUUCGUCCUGGAAAAGAACACCUUGCCGAGUGGAAAAGUAAUCACUUCUCCAAUGCUGAAACGCGCCUACUGCUCAGCAAUAUUUGCAAUGCAGACGAGUUUCCAACGCCUAUUUUGAUGGGAUGCAAGCAACAUAGUAGAACGAAGGUCACCACAGCUGGUUCAGUGUUUUGUAUUGUGAAUAGUAGGCCUGUUUGCAAAAAAGAGUAGCAAAAACUCGAGAGAAUCGAUAGAAAACGUGUCCCCUGUGUUUGUGUGUGUAGGUAUGUGCCCUGUUUCGCGUAGGAGAUCCUAGCCAUAAGGCCGUUGUUAGCCGAAAGUUACAUGUUUGUUCAAGUGGGAGGCUUUCCGAGAAAAGUUAUUCCCCAAAAAAGAAAAGUUCAUCAUACGUGCAGAAACAGAAAAGCUUAGCUGUCAUCUUUCGAGUUUUCCCUGUAAUAAUUGGUUGGCUACAAUGUUGGUCGGACUUCGAUGAAAAACUUCCUCUACUGCAGAAUCGAUUUUUACCAGUUUCAAGACCACAGUCAUCAAGUGUGUGACACGCUUCCUCGGGUGAACUAGUAUUAAGUGUUUAUAUCUAUUUCACGAGCAUCGUCGUCAAGUGAGUGGCACUGUCAUCGUAGUCAUUCGUCCCCAUCGUCGUCGUUUGGUCUGAUAUGGCCAAGGCAAGUGACACGGAAAACUGCCCCGUCGUCGUCGUCGUCGUCGUCGUUUCCAAAAGCCCGAUGGCACUCGAUAUGGUGGAUGCUGAUGUCCUGGCAAACUAGUGGUGUCUUUCUCAAGGGGGUUGGACGCGGAAAUUGGAUGACGAUGGUGGUGAAAAGUGUACCGACAUAAUCGUUCUCACCGUUCCGGUACACAGAAGUUGAGUGAAAGAAGAAGAAGAAGUUGAAGCAGAAGAAGACGAACCACAGACCAAUCCACGUGGCGUCGUUGCUGGAAACGUGAUGCGCCAUUGCUUUCGGCGCGGUUUCUAAUUGGUAAAAGGUUUUUACGAAUAAAGGAAAAUUAAAAUGCUCUAUAGAAAAUUACAAACCGCUUCAUGAUAAAUAUAGCUUUUUAUAUCAUGUGCCAUAAAUAAACAGAAUUUCAGUUCUUUAUUGGUGCAUCAAAUAGCCUACCGUUCCUAAUUUGGUGCCACCAGAUUCGCAGAACAAAGUGCCGAAAAGGAUUCAAGCCAUAAACGCUGUGCGAUUUCCGCUCCGAACGGCGAAGCACCGGGAAAGUGUGGAAAGGAUUAUGUACACCGGAAGCGGUUUGUUGUAGCAGUCAGCUCAGCGCUGAAGGGAUUCGUGCCGAAAAUUAAUAAAACAACGGCCAACGGACGGAGGUGAGGACCACUCUCUGUCUGACAACGGCGGGAAACAGUUAUCCAAUUCAGACUGCCGGCCGCUCAGUUUAUAGCCAAGAUCCACUUUCUGCAGCGCUGCACUGCGUUCCGUUAGCGCCCGGUAGGCGGGAUCAACCCGGAGGAAUGUUCUACAAAUGGUACACUAAUCUGAGUAAUCGUACGAUCGCGAUUACCAUCGUCGUCUGCAUCUGUAUGCUGUACGUGUCCUACACCUUCAACACAUGCCUGAUAGCGAGCAUCAACCGGACGUGGAAGAAGGCGCACACGAGCAUCACCACGAUGACGACCCCUACGGAAGAAACCGAAGCCCCGCAGAUCAAAAUCCUCGGCUCAAUCGUACGAAUAGUGCCCCUCACCGGUGAUGGCAUCGGUUUCGAUUCUAAGAACCUCGUAAACGCUUCCGACGGUUCUCCAAAGUAUCGCUUCUUGAGGCAGCAAGGCCUGCGACCGUCCCGCCAUCUGCCGGACGCGCUGAUCAUCGGCGUCAAAAAGAGCGGAACUCGAGCUUUGCUGGAGUUCAUUCGACUACACCCGGACGUUCGAGCAGCGGGAUGCGAAGUGCACUUCUUCGAUCGUCAUUACGCCAAGGGUCUGCACUGGUAUAGACACCACAUGCCACCGACGAUCGAGGGUCAGAUCACCAUGGAGAAGACCCCCAGCUACUUCAUCACCAAGGAAGCCCCCAAACGGGUCUACCACAUGAACCCGAGCACAAAACUCCUGGUGGUCGUCCGAGACCCAGUAACCCGAGCUAUCUCCGACUACACUCAAGCUCGCAGCAAAAAGAAAGACAUGAAGCGCUUUGAAGAGCUAGCAUUCCUCAACGGGACCUCAGGAGGUAUCGUUGACACAACGUGGGGACCCGUCAAGAUCGGCGUCUACGCCAAACAUCUGGAACGGUGGCUCGAGUACUUCCCCCUGUCGCAGCUGAUCUUCGUCAGUGGCGAGCGAUUGAUCGCUGAUCCAGCCGUCGAAAUCGGACGGGUUCAGGACUUCCUUGGACUCAAACGAGUAGUCAACGAAAAGCACUUUUACUUCAACUCAACCAAAGGCUUCCCGUGCUUGUUGAAAUCCGAAGAACGAUCGUCACCGCAUUGCCUGGGCAAAACCAAAGGCCGUAACCAUCCGAGGAUCGAACCGCAGGCCGUUGAUCGACUGCGAGAGUUUUACCAACCGUUCAACCUAAAGUUCUACCAACUGACGGGGAUAAAUUUCGGGUGGCCAUGAGACGCGAUCGCUUAGAUCGCGAUUAGCUAGGUGUACAUAUGAGUUAAUAAAUUGACGAAAACCCCCAUUCAUGAGGGGAAAUGUUGUAAAUAAGGACGAUGAAACCAAAAUAGAAAUUAAACGCGCAAUCGGAAAAAUCAAAGCUAUACUGUCACUAGACUUUUUAGGGGUCAAUUAGAACUGAACCAAUUAGCAAGAAGAAGACUACAAAUUAGAUGAGCAAACAAAUGAGGAGACAGACAGCAAAUGUAAUAGUAAUAGAGGAUAAAUAGUGUAUUUUUCUUGCACAUUGGUAUGAAUAAAGAACAUAAAAACAUUCGCACAAAUUCUACAAAACCUGCAUGCAUGAAGAGCCAAAAAUCGUCUUAAAAGGGCGUAAUAUUAUGCCGGGAACUUUGGAAUAAACAAAAUCGAAAGAUUGGAUUAA